CACCUUCAUCCUUGUUCUUCAGACCUGCGUGAAGAACAAUAACAUAUAAACAUAUAAAGAAAACAAAAUUAAUAAAUUUUGUUUUCCAUCUCGCAGAAGGUCUCUCGACUCUCACUAAGCCUAUUCUUCAAUACCAUGGACAUGAAGAAGAUCUCCUGCGCCGUCAUUGUCGCCGCCGCCUCUAUAAGCGCGGUCCUGGCUGCUGGCUCCGCUCCAGCUCCAGCUCCAGGUGCAGCUUCAGCUUCAGCUUCAGCUUCAGCUUCAGCUUCAGCUUCAGCAGCUGCCCCAGGCCCAGACUCCAACGUCGCAACCUCAACAAUGCCUGUUCUUGGGUCCUUGGUUGGAGCCACCCUUGUUUCUUUCUUUUCCUACUAUUUGCAGUAAGCCAGCAAAAAUCUACGAAACCAUGAAGUACUGAAGAAUCAAAAAAGGUGAAUGAAUAAAUGUAAAAUAUUACUCGGGGUUCAAUCCAUUUUACUUGCUUUCCUCUUCC